UGUUGGUUUUGUGCCGCGAUGGUUCGUUUCCUUCGCACUCGGCUCUCGAGACACUUGAUUGAGAGGUCGGGGCUGACCGUGAAGCCGAAGGGGCCGCGUGGGUUGUCGGUGGCAGAUGGUGACUGGCGCUUCCCCCAAACAGCGCGCAGUGAACCUGCCUCACGGACCUCAGGUAUCGCUGGUACGGGAGCCCAGCAGCACGCUUGGUCUCUGUCUCAGAUGGAGGCAACAUUUGGAGGAAGUGGGGGUGGUGAGGUGCCCCGGGGACAGGAACCAAAGCAUCAGAAGGUCCCUCAUCUCUAGGCUGGCCCCACUGCCACCACCAAGAACAUCUCUGCAGCUUUGUUGUGUUUUCCAUCCAGGAGAGUGUGGGCUGCUGCUGGCAGCUACAGGAUGAAGUCGCCUCCCUGCUGCAUGUCUCUUAAUUCCCAAGCGUCCCUGGAGGAACAAGGGAAUAGCACAUCGCUGGGCUCCCUGGACUGCAGUGUUUUCUCCAGCGAAGAGGAGCAGGGACCCCUGCUGCAGAAGGUCGUUCCUUCCUUGGACUGCUUUACGAUCAAUGUGGGAGGCAGCCGCUUUGUGAUGUCCCAGCAAACUUUGUCUUGCUACCCCGACACUCGUCUCGGCAAACUGGCUGUGGUGGUCUCUGCUGCCCGGGACGUGGCCUCUGGCCUCCUUGAGCUCUGUGAUGAUGCUAACCUGGUGGAGAAUGAGUAUUUCUUUGACCGGAGCUCACAGGCAUUUCACUACAUCCUGAACUACUACCAGACAGGGAGGCUGCACGUGAUGGAGCAGCUGUGUGCACUCUCCUUCCUGCAGGAGAUCCAGUACUGGGGCUUGGAUGAGCUCAGCAUCGACUCCUGCUGCAGAGAUCGGUACUUCAGGAGGAAGGAGCUGAGUGAAGCCUUAGACAUCAAGAAAGAUGCUGAAGAACUGGAUGCUCAAGAUGAGGAAGAGGACUUUUCUGGUACCCUCUGUCCCAAUGUCAGACAGAAACUUUGGGAAGUUUUGGAAAAGCCUGGUUCCUCUGCAGCAGCGAGGACUUUUGGCACUUUAUCCAUGGCUUUUGUUGUUGUGUCCAUUGCCAACAUGGCUUUGAUUUCAGUAGAGCUAAGCUGGCUGGCACCGCCACUACUGGAUGCCCUUGAGUACCUGUGCAUUGCAUGGUUCACUGUGGAGUUUGUUCUGAGGUUCCUGUGUACACGGGAUCGAUGUCGCUUUCUGAGGAGUGUGGCAAACAUCAUAGACCUCCUUGCUAUUUUGCCAUUCUACAUCACACUUCUGGUAGAGAGUCUGUGUGGUGGGGAGAGCUCCCAGGAACUGGAAAAUGUGGGGCGUAUUGUCCAAGUGCUGAGACUACUCAGAGCGCUGCGGAUGUUGAAGCUGGGAAGACAUUCAACAGGGUUGCGGUCCCUUGGAAUGACAAUUGCACAGUGCUACGAGGAGGUUGGCCUGCUGCUGCUUUUCCUUUCUGUAGGAAUCUCUAUAUUUUCCACGGUGGAGUAUUUUGUUGAGCAAGGUGUGCCAGGUACAACUUUCACAAGCGUACCUGGCGCUUGGUGGUGGGCAACAACAUCCAUGACAACUGUUGGUUAUGGUGACAUUAGACCAGAUACUACUAUUGGUAAGGUAGUGGCCUUCAUGUGUAUACUGUCAGGAAUACUAGUUUUGGCUUUGCCAAUAGCUAUCAUAAAUGACCGGUUUUCUGCCUGUUACUUUACGCUGAAGAUAAAAGAAGCUGCUCUUCGGCAGCGGGAAGCUUUAAAGAGACUCAUGAAGAACUCAUCCAGUGACUCAAAUAUCAAUGUUAAUUUGCGAGACAUAUAUGCACGCAGUGUCAUGGAUAUGCUACGGCUGAAAAGCAGAGAGCGAGCUAGCACAAGGAGCAGUGGAGGAGAUGACUUUUGGUUUUGACUUUUAAGUAAUUUAGCCUUGUAUAGCAAAUAGACUACUUUAAAAAUGUGGCAUUAAAAAUCUGUUUUUUAAUCAUUCAACACAUAAUGUAUUGCUUUUCCACCUGAAGCUUUAGUUGCUUGUACAGAAUGAUGUAGCCGGUGUAAGCAAAAGGCUCUGAGGGUGCCCAGAAACAUAUUCCCAGAACUGGUUCUUGGUAGGUGAGAGAGAAAAUAAUGGGUACAUCACAGUAAAACAGUGUUACAAACACUUGUACGUGAAUCUUAUGUUCUUGCUUAUGUACAGUAUUAAAAUCUAGUUGAAAUUGCUAUGGUGUUUUGAAUUUUAAAGACCCACAAGAUUUGUAUUUGAAAUAAAAAAUAAAAGGUAAAUACAUUAGGAAAAUCAGAAGAAGUAAAUGGUUACCAGAUAGAUACAUGGAGGGUAUCAGGAGAUUAUAGAUGGAAAGUAUUAAGCAGAUCAAAGAUCUGCAGCCAACUGUAAAACAGUCUUGAGUUGGGUGCCAUAACUUCAGGCACCCUCUGCAGUUGCUGCAGAAGUUAGAGGAGACAAUAAAGCUUUUGCUGCGGUCAUUUAGAAACUUACUUUGAAACAUGCCUUCUCCUUGUGUUUUGAUUCUCUUAACUUAUUUGUGCAGCUAAGCAGAUUUUGUGCUUAAGUAAAGUCACCAGUGGAUACCAGAAGAAACAGAAAUGGUAAACAAGUUACUCAUUUCUCUACCUCCUGUUAAAAUCAGGAAGUAUUCCAGUAAAUGAGCCAGAGGUAAAAGAAAUGAUUAUAAUCUCGUAAUAGGUUAGAUCAAAAAUCACAAACGUCUCAUUUCAUUUUUUCGGCAAUGUAAGCACAAACAUUAUUUAUAUUUGGCAUUAAUUCAACAUACUGCCUGAAAGCAGGCUUCUAUUAGCUGUGGAUUAUUUAAUUUGAUCAAGUACUUAUGUGUUUAGGAGGCUUAGACUUUCUUUCUUUGAGUAUAUGUGAAUAGGUGAAAACCCUGCUUUUAAUAAAUACUUAAUAACUCUUGUUUAGAUGCAAGAAUGUGUUUUCCUCCCAUUGCCUGUAAAUACAAUGCAGAUGGCAGAUUUUUCAAAGCUACAACCUUGAAGCAAACUUAACAAAAAUUCAGCUCCUGAUUUGUCAGUUGAUAUCAACUAGCGUUUGGGUUUGGGAUGAGUGUGGUAUGCGCAGCAGCCAUCAGGGGCAUGAGAAAACUUAGAAAGUGUAAGAUACCAGUGCCCUACCAAUAAAAGUCUUGUUCUGAAAAUUUGGAAAUCAGGCUUACCAUCUGUGUCACACAGAGAUCAAACAAUAUUGUCACAGUGUUUCUUUCUGCCCUGAUAUUCUAUGAGUACAUGACGAAACUCCCAUCGAUGUCCAGGAGACACAAUUAAUUCUACAGGGAAAGGCUUGAUGCAGCCCACUCUAAGUUAAUUCAUAGCUCCUUGGAGCAGGAAGUCCCUGAGCUGCACAAAUUGUACAGGCUGUUUCUCAUUCAAAAGUCAUUCUAAUUAUAGAGAAUUAGGAAGAAGCUUUUAUUGUGGGAAGACUGUUUUGUAAUGUCUUUUGUGCUUUCUUGUACAGUAUCUGAUCUCUGUUUGAGAAAGGAAAUGCAGUUAAAUAGAUGACUGAUUCUCUUCAGGGAAUGGCUGCUUUUAUUACAUCCUGUGUUUGUUGUGAAGGACUCAAAAGAAGGAGAGAAAUGUUCUGGGAUGUAUCAGUUGAUUCAAUCCUUUCACCAGGUCUGAAAGUAAAAUUUCUUAGAAAUGCCCCUGUGGAAAUGUGGCUGAGACUUUAUCCAGUAGCCACUUCAACUUAUAUUUUCAGAACUCUUGAUUUUAAAUUCAAGGUCUCCAAAGAAAUAAAGUGUUUGUCAAUCAUGUUGUUUAUUCAGCAAGACUAUUCAGUAAUGUUACCUGUUUGCAGAUCAAGAUUGUUUCUGAUUUCAUGUCUUACAUAUGGGACCAGAGCGUUCAUACUGAACCACAAACACUACAGGGCAUUACAACUCUAAAACAUGAAACUACGCCAUUUCCCUACCAGUACAGAUUUGAAAAACAGCUCUGUCAUCACUAAGGCACCAAACUAAGGAUGUUACUGUGCAAUCUUUUGAAUAUUAUGCUGAAGAUAAGUAAGAAACUACCUCUGCUCCUCACAUCUGUUCUGUCAUUUCCAUCACAUAGUAGCCUUGGCAGAAAGGAUAAUGAGUCAGAACAUAAAUAAUAUUUUGCCUUUCUUCUUUGAACACAAAAUACUUCUAAAAACUGCAAUCAAAGCAUGUAACUGCAGCACUUAAUCCAGCCUGCUCUAACCCUGGUUCACUAGUUCAGGAAAUGAUACUAGUUAAAAAACAGUGGUAUAGGCUAUAGUGCAGACUAACAAUCUGAAAAGUCUUGUGUAUUUCUUUGUAGAUGCUUAGAAGCAGCACUUAGCACCCACCAGAACCUUUUACACGUCACUAAUAUUUUUCUUUGUUCUCACUUUAAAGAAGGCCACCAGCCUUCUGGGCUGCAUCAGGCAAAGCACUACCAGCAGGUUGAGGGAGGUGGUCCUUACCCAGCUGGUAAGACACAGUUGGUGCAGAGUCCCAUACAGAAGAGACAUACUUGACAGAGUUCGGCAAAACACUGGAGUGCCACACUGUUGAGUCUGACACUUCAGGGAACCCUCGUGGGAUGGACUGGGUGAUUUAUAACCUCUGGGAAUAAAUUAUAGAAGGGUACUUAUAAAUCUCCAUUUACUAACAUUUUACAACUGUGUAAUAUUGUGAUUUACUUUUUAUGUUAUGGAUAUUGAUCCUAAAUGCACAGUUCACUGAAUGUUGGUUAAGUAAGUGUUGUUAGUAAGUCAAUAAACCACUUAAAUCUCUAUUUGAUAUAAACUACAUAAGAUGAGCAGUUUUAAGAUGAGCUGGACAGGAGUUCUGCUGGCCAGCUCUGAGUUUGAGGUCACCAUGUGGCAGAUCUGGCAAAUCAGGUUGAACACAAAAAGGAGCACACAGGAGAAAGUUGUGAUGUCUUUUACAUGUAAUGCCCAUUUAUUUUUGUUUCCUGACAUUCAAAAUCUAUAAAUUCUCACCUUGA